CAGCGGCUUGGAUUGAAUCCGAUACUUGCAGAGCAGGUGCUGCAAUCCUUUCCGCACCUUCACGAUCCAACCGCAGCGCAGAAAGAGCUGCUGGCUGCGCUUUACAAGCCCGCCGACGUUCUCAUGCGAGCACAUACAGGCACAGGGAAGAGCCUCGGCUUGCUUCUAGGCUUGAUGGCCAAGCCUCGUGUCGCAUUCAAACGCCCUUCUUCCUCUUCCAGCAGCUCCUCGGCUGCGCCUGGCGCAAGGGAAGAGAUGGUGAAGCACGUCUCCGCUUCGCUGCUCAUCGUCCCAUCGAAUGACCUGGCGCAGCAGUAUAUGCGAUGGGCUCGACAACUUUUCCCGCCGGACCGAUUGGCAUCCCUCGACCCUGUCAUCCAGAGUCAAGUACGAGGACGCAAUCACGAGGGACUCUCACCCGACGAACAAGUCGAGCGACUCAGAAAGACUUCGCCACACAUCAUCAUCUGCACACCCAACAGAUUGUGGGAGAUGCUCAACGAGCCAGCCACCGCGGUUUUGCUGCGCAUUCCAUCGCUACGAACCAUAGUUCUCGAUGAGGCUGAUGCGCUAUUGGACCUGCCCAUCAGCCUACACCGGGGCAGCAAGUGGGCAGACAGCACACAUCCCUCCACGUGCCUGUUAAGUCUCGACUGGAUUUUUCAGCGUAGAGGCACAUACUCCGGAGGGGAGCUUAUCGCCGCUGCUGGCCUAGAACAAGGCCGGGAGAGGAUGCUGGACGAGCGAAGACCGCCCAGUAGGGAGAGAACACAAGUCCACCGGAAUCGUGACAAGAGCGAAAAGAGCAGAUCCAAAUUGAUGUCCUUAUCGCCGUCAUCUACAGGCAAGGAUGAAGGCGUGAGCCUGAGAUUGAAAGGCAGGGAUCCACUCCAGUUGGUAUGCGUCAGCGCUACCGCUGGCUCCGUGCUGAGGCAUUUCAUGGGGGCAAGAACUGGCUGGAUACGGACAGGAGUGGAGCACGAGGGGCGCAAGCUCGCUUAUUGGGUUGAUUGCACAGGCCUGUCCGCCGGUGCAGCUGGAGCGACAGGGCAUUUGCUGCACACGCCCCUACAGCAAAGGAUAUGGAAAGACGAAGAGGCGGAAGUGAGGAAAUCAGUCUCUGAAGUUGCACCCAGUGCUACGGCUUUGCCACCUGGCUUGACACAUCACUGCGUUGUGGUCGAUCCUACCUCGGCGCCCGAAGACAUGGAUCAAGCGGAUGUAUCUCACCAAAAGUCUGCCAGUGAUGGACCUCUCUUGUCUAUCAGAGACAUGGCCCCUCGGCUCGCGAGAACGACAGAUGUGGAAAUGAGGGAACAUCGUGGAUCGCUCGUCCUCUCUUCGGUGCAACUUCAAGAUCACGUCAUCGACGAGCACCUGCUCGAUGCUUUUGCACUGCUUUGGACCUCAAACAUCGGAGAAAACCAACAAAGCAUGACAGCGCAGCCCAGCACAGAAGCCCCUCACGGGCGGUUGCUACCUGGUCCGGGCCAAAAUCUGCAGAGCCUCGUAGUCAUUCCGAGCCAAUGGUCGUUGAGAGGCGUCAUUGGCAAGCUGCGAGAGCUCGGCCUGCCUGCUCAAGCGCUCGGAGACGCGACCUCGCAACCCUCUACGGAGUCGCUAUACGUGCACGGAUCUGCCUCUCUUAGAGGCUUGGACAUACCCAAGCUAGAGCACGUCUACAUCAUUGGUGCUCAGGCCGUCCAGGACUCGCGACAUUACGUGCACAUAGCGGGACGCGCUGCAAGACUG